AUAAACUAGCUGUUUGAUUGGCGGAUCGUGCGCCGAGUAGGAGAAUUAAUUUUUACAACAAAAUGUUCUUCGCAUUUUUGAAUUGUGACAAUUAUUGGAGCUCAUCACUUGAUCAGUGGAUUCAGUAAGGGAAGGAAGCCAUAAGUAAAGGAGGCAAUGGAGCAGCAGCAGCCGAGAGAAUUUGUUCACGUGACUCUGAAUCUGAGCCAACAGAACAGCACAUUCGCUCCUAAUUUAUCAGACGUGUGGGAUGACUUUGAUCUAGUGGUACACGAUUUUCACAAGGACAAACUGACAGUGUACAAUGUACAAAACCUUGUACUCAUCAUUCUCUACGUCAUCACUUUCAUCGUCGCAACAUCUGCCAAUUCCAUAGCACUUAUCGUCUUCUGGAGGUUUCAGCACAUGCGUUGCCUUUCUAAUUCUCUGUUAAUCACACUUGCUGUUUCUGAUCUGCUCGUCUCCAUUGUGUGUAUGCCGAUGUCCAUAGGUCAGUAUGCCUACAAAUUAUGGGUAUUCGGAGAAGGAAUGUGUAAAUUCACGCAUUAUUUGCAAGGCGUUGCUGUUGCGGCGAGUGUUUUUACAAUGACCGUCAUGAGCCUAGAUCGAUACAUGGUCAUCUGUCACCCCAUAGCAUUUCGCAAGCAUCUCUACAGGCGUCAUGUGGGGUGGAGCAUACUCUCGGUGUGGUUACUCUCUUUACUUCUUUUCGUUCCUGUCCUCAUAGUGAGAAAGGCUAAAGGAAUCAUUCUUCACCCCGGCUCGAGCCGAGAGAUGUCGUUUGUGUAUUGCGUAGAAGAUUGGUCCUCAGAUUCCUCCAGGGAAGGUUUUGCAUUCGCCACUUUUACCUUAGUCUUUGUAUUGCCAGGGGCCACCAUGGCUGCUGCCUACUGCCGCAUAGGAGUGAGACUCUGUGGAGGUGGAAGCGGACUCAAUCGCUCCGAAGGACGCUCCACAGGAAAACAGUCCUUGUCUUUUCGCAUUCACAAUAUAAUGGAGCGUAGAAAGCUGGUGGCCAAGCGUUUUCUGAUCCUGACAACUGUCUUCGCUAUCUGCUGGAUUCCAUACAACAUAGCCACUCUGCUACUAGACCUGCAGGUGAGUGCUGGCGAUGUGUAUAGUCAUCUGGAAGCAUUCCAGCCUUUCGGAUUGUUGCUGGGACACAUUAACAGCGCCAUCAAUCCGUUGUUGUACUGUUGGGUGAAUAAGAGAUUCAGAAAAUGCGUCGCCCUCACUUUUAGGUGUACAAAGACAAGAGACGCCGUUUGGGACAGAAGAGACAUUUUCCAAUGCCAAGAGUAUCCGAUGACCAUGGCCGCUAGUCUUCGCUCCUCCUCCCUUACCUGGAAGAAGUCUUUCAGGAAGACAGAUUCGAGUGAGAAAUCUCGAAGGAACAAUACACCCACGAGUGCCACUCUGGAUUCAGGAGUAUCGAUCAUCAGAGACUAAAUAACAUUUAAUGAAUUUUAUAGGACGACUCAUGAGUCAAUCUACCUGUUGCAUACUCAUGGUAUUUGAGUGAUUUUCAAAUUUAAGGCAUUUUUGAAACUGAAAUGACUUGAAAAAUAAAAUUAAUCAUUCUUGCUGA